UAGCUGGGAAACAGAGAAGUUGAGGACUCCCGGGCCCCGGCGUCCCAAAUCUCGGAUCCUAUUUCAAAACUUUGCCCAAUUUCGAUUUGGAACUCUCUUUUUCCCUGUGGGGGCUGAAUUUUCAAUUUCUCUGGGUUUUCUUGGUGUUGGCUUUCAUGGAAUAUUCCCAAGAUUUAUGUAACGUGGAGGGUGAUGGGGAUGCCAGGAAACCCACGGCUUGUACAUCAUCAACAUCGCCAUGUAGCUCAGGAGGGUCAGGUUACCGAUUGUUCGGUCGCCAAGCCUCUGUCCACCAGUGUAUGGGCGGAGGUCAAGCUGCUGAUAUUCUGUUGUGGAAGCGGCGGAAUGUUUCUUUAGGCAUCAUUGCUGUUGCUACAGUUGCAUGGCUCCUAUUUGAGCGGUCUGGAUUAUCGUUCUUAUCAAUUUGUUCAGAUGUGUUGCUGAUUUUAAUUGUACUGUUGUUUCUUCAUGCCAACUAUGCUGUUUUCAGAGAUAGACAAUUGCAAACAUUACCGGAGCUAGUAUUGUCAGAGGAAAUGGUUAAUAAUGCUGCAGCAUCAUUUCGUGUUAAAAUCAAUAACGUGCUGCUUAUGGCUCAUGACAUCACACUUGGCAAGGAUUUUAGACUUUUUUCUAAGGUGGUUGUUUGUGUGUGGCUCUUGUCUGUCGUUGGGAGCUUCUUCUCUUUCUUCACAAUCGCUUAUAUUGGAACCAUCAUAUUCAUUACAGUUCCUGCCUUGUACAGCAAGUAUGAAGAGCGUGUGGAUAGGUAUUGCGGAAUGAUCCACCGGCAAUUUUCAAAGCACUAUAAAAUAGUGGAUGAAAGUGUGAUUAGCAGACUUCCUCGAAGUUUAACCAAGGACAAGGAUGCGUAGUUCUGAUAUUCUAGUUUCAGUCGCAAUGACAUUGUGCAGAAGACUCGAGAGUUUCAGGGUCGCAUGGAUAGUGAUCUUGUCAGAGAGAAGGAUUGCUGGCUGGAGUUGUGCAGUGUGCUAGUAAUGUUUACUGUUUAUUACUGCUGAGACGGAACUAGGAAGGGAAAAAAAAUGGUUUUGCAUCUUUGAUCUGGUCGUGAAGGCAGCAAGAUAAAUUAUGUACUUUUCUGGCAUUAGAGGUUCCAGGCCGAACUACGAAAGGUUUAUUUCUGUGGUAGGAUCCCAGAACGAAGGGCUUUAGCCUUGUAGCCUAUCGUCGUAAUAUUAGGCUGUUGGCCCAAGAUUGUCGACCGUAACCUUGCCCUUCAUUGCAAGAACUAGGCUUUGCCAUGAAACUCCAGUCCUGUUCUGUAUACAGCGCUCGCAAUUUACUCGUAAGACUAAUUAAGGAUCUUUCUUUC